CAAGAAUGGUAGCUAGCUAAAUGACAAAUGGACUCUUGUGAUGUUACAACUUUCUCCAAGUGGCUGCUUGGGAAACAUCCUGCUUGUGUAACUUCUGUUUAAAGUUGAAGGAACAAACAGGAACAAAAUAAGAGAGCGUGAAAAAAGAUGAACUGCUGUAGACGAAGGCUGAGACGCACAGCUCCUGCAGGCAGCAGGAGCAGGAAUGAACUGGUGCCCGCCAGCGUCCCCAAGGUCAAUGGCUGGUCAUGCCCCCCACACAUUUUCCAGCUGAUUGGCUGGAUGGUAUACAUCUACAUGGUCAUCGUGGGCUUCGGUAUCUACAUACCCCUCCUGCCAUCUCUGUGGAAGCUGGCUGCGUACUCUGUGAUUGCGAUAGCUUUCACUGUUCACCUGAUUGCUCACCUUGCUGCUGUGAGCAUAGACCCAGCGCACACCAAUGUGCGGACCAAAAUAGACUACACCAAAUCAUUGCCUUUCUUUGACAGGAAAAAACAACCUCAUGUUAUCCAUAACCUACACUGCUACCUGUGUGAUGUCCAGGUGGGCCCUGAAGUAAAACACUGUGGCGUUUGUCAUAAGUGUGUUGAGAACUUUGACCACCACUGCAAAUGGCUGAACACCUGUGUGGGUGGAAGAAACUACUGGUACUUCUUUGUGACUUUGCUAUCUGCCACACUGGGUGUGUCUCUGCUUCUUAUGGUCAUCUUGUUCAUAUUCAUCCAGCACUACAUGGACCCUGCCAGCCUCCGGACGGCACCACAGUUCGACACUUUAGUGAAUAACGGAACAUGGCUAGUGUUCUUGCCGCUGGUCGCAAUGGAGACAAGCUCCGUUGCUAUCCUGGUUGUGGCCUUUGUCACCAUCCUGAUCCUUCUCAUCUGUCUGCUGCUUCUUGGCCACCUGCUGGGGUUCCACUUCUACAUCUUGGCCAACAAUAUGAGCACGUAUGACUACAUAAUGAAACAGCGCCAGAAGGAAGCCAGCAAGCGUGACACUGAGGCAGGGAUCUCCAAGCAUUCUAAUAACAAUGGCAAGGGGGACCAGAAUCCAGAGACUUCUGUUGACUGUCAAGCAUCUUUGUCACGCAGCGUGGGUACCUGCAAGUAUGAGGAAAAAAGAGAAAUUGCAAGUCGACUCUCUGAGUCCAUCUGCACUGAGUUGAAGAAUGUUCAGAAAUUGUCGAAUAAGGAGAACAGUAUCUUCUAUGGGACAGAACUACCCAUGAACGACCCACCAGUUUUAAUAGUGAUGGGUGACGUCUCAAGUUUUAAGCUGGCGGGUGGCCAAGGGGGCCAGUGUGUGGAGCAGCCUUGAGGGAAGUCUGUGGAGGGGGUUCCCAUCGUCCAGAACUCCCUGGGGAGCUCCGUAAUGGAGCCCAAGGGAGCUCAUCUGUAGCUGGUCUCAGAUGCACAGCACAGGGACAUGGUUUCUAUGAUACACACCUCUUGGGAAUUAUUCCUGGAAAUCACAGCUCUAUUGAAUUACCACGCACUGGACCACUGUUGACUAUAAUGAUUAUGAUUUAAGACUUUUGGGACUAAAGAUUUGAUACGUAUCGGACACAGAAUUGUUUGGACCUUCCUUGAACUUUGCUGGAAUGAGACAAUGGGAGUUCAGCUCUCAGAAUUUGCACAGGCUUUUUAGGAACAUUUUAGGAACACUUUUUACCAGAAUAAAAUUAUUUUAACAUU